AUGGCUGCAGAGCGCGGGCCAGCCGGCCCGGCGCCCGCUGUCGGCCCCGCGUGGCGCUCCCCGCCAGGCUGUCAGCGCGCGGGACCGACCCCACACCGCCCGGGGAGCGCGGGGAGCGCGGGGAGCGCGGGCGCUCGGGCCGGGCCGGGAGGGGGUGCGCGCGGCCGGCCCGGCCCAGCCCCCGGCUCCGAAAACCUGUGCGGGGCACCCCGAGAGAAGGCGGGAGGUGGGCCGGGCGUGCCGAGCCGCCCGCGCCUCCUCCUGCCCCGCGGCCCCGGAGUCUCGCGGGCACCGACCUGCCAGCCGUCUCUCCCGGACGUUCUUCCACAGCAGAUCCCAGGCUCUGGCCGUGGAGUCCCGCAACUGCUCGCUGAUGGACCGCCUGAGCUGCGUUGGGAAGGGCUUCCGUUUGCUGGUCAUUUUAGAUCCGUCCUCAUAACGACCAGCGAGCGGGCUCGCCACCGCCACUCCCGCGUGGCCCGCAACUCAGACUCCCGGAGACCCGAGACGCCCGGCGCGGGACUCCCGCUGGAGUCCCGGGACCCGCCGCGGGCGCGACAUGGGUCCGCCGCCGUCCCGCGCUGGGGGCUCCUCCGCGCGCGCGGGCCGAGAUGCGCCGCCCGCCCCGAGCCGAGCAAGUUUCAGAAGCCACCACCAUCACCACCACCGUAACACAAAUUUUAAACUAUGCCACAGCUGGUGCCAUUAUAACUCAUCGGAGUUUUCCUGAACUCAAGUCACUUGACGUCAGCUAUUCAGUUUGGCUAACAUUCUUCUGGAGUUGGAUAUGGGUGUUCUCGGGUUUUAUGUUAAUCUCUCCUCAUUUCAUCAAUGAAAUGAUUAUCUGGCUGCAUGCAACCAGCCAUCAAAUUAAGUGAUUUAAAAAGUCAAGGGACGCCUGGGCGGCUCAGCCGGUUGAGGGUCUGACUUCAGCUCAGGUCAUGAUCUCGUGGUUGGUGGGUUCGAGCCCCGCGUUGGGCUCUGUGCUGACAGCCCGGAGCCUGCUUCGGAUUCUGUGUCUCCUUCUCUCUCUGCCCCUCCCCCACUCAUGCACUGUCUCACUCUCUCUCAAAAAUAAAUAAAUGUAAAAAAAAAUUUUUUUUAAGUCAAAAUAUUACAGCCACUGCGUUGGAGGAAAAUUAACUUGCAAAUAUUGAGGUCAAACCGCUAGGAACCUACAUUAAACAGAUUUACAUAUCUUGGCAUUUAAAUCUGCAUGCAGUUUAAAAAGUAGGUGUUAUGAGGAAGUGAGAUACGAAAAUUGAACACUUUUAAGGUAUUUUAGUCAAUAACAUAAAGUAGGCUUAUUAUUAGAAAUGAACUGGUUCCGGGGCGCCUGGGUGGCGCAGUCGGUUAAGCAUCCGACUUCAGCCAGGUCACGAUCUCGCGGUCCGUGAGUUCGAGCCCCGCAUCAGGCUCUGGGCUGAUGGCUCGGAGCCUGGAGCCUG